UACAUGGGUGUCACACAGUUCCAGGCGACUGACGCACGCAGAGCCUUCCCUUGCUUUGAUGAACCCGGCGUCAAGGCCAAGUUCAAUGUGACACUGGGACGGAAGAACACAGACGAUUGGACAACCCUGUCAAACAUGGAUGCGAUUGCAGAAGGUGUCCCUCAUGAAACUUUGGAUGGAUACGUAUGGGACAAAUAUGCAGUCAGUGUCGACAUGUCCACAUACUUGGUCGCCUUUUGCGUGUCUCAGUUUCAGAGCAAGACGAGCAACACCAACGACAAAUUCAAGGUCUGGGCAAGGUCCGACAUGAUUGGCAGGACCGAGUUCGCUGCAAACGAAGGCGCCAAAAUUUUGAAAUUCUUCGAGGAAUAUUUCGAAAUCGAUUACCCGCUGCCAAAGAUGGACAUGCUGGCGUUGACGGAUUUUUCAGCUGGUGCCAUGGAAAACUGGGGCAUGAUCACCUACAGAGAGGAGUACCUUUUGUAUGAUCCAACUGGGAGAACAACAUCAGCUUCAUUGCUACAAAGGAUCAUCUACAUCAUUGCUCAUGAGCUUUCUCACCAGUGGUUUGGCAACCUUGUCACACCCAAGUGGUGGACAGACCUUUGGCUGAAUGAAGGCUUCGCUUCUUACGUAGAAUAUCUUGGUUCACAAGAGUCAAGAAAGGAUUGGAAAUGGAUGCAGCUGUUCAUCGUGUCCGAAGUCCAAGACGUGAUGAGGGUGGAUUCUUUGGAAAGUUCUCACCCAAUUUACCAAGAAGUCUUCAACCCAGAUCAAAUCAAGGAACUUUUCGAUCGUAUAUCUUACGGCAAAGGUGAGAAGAAACGUGCCACCAUCAUUCGGAUGAUGAACAAUUACCUGACCGAGGCAACUUUCAAGAAGGGCUUGAUUUCGUAUCUGAAAGACAAGAGCUUUUCCAAUGCGGAAACGGAGGAUUUGUGGAGGUAUUUGGACGUGGCUGCUCAUGAUGACAAGAGUCUGCCUGAUGAUCUUUCAGUCAGUCAAAUCAUGAACACGUGGACGGGACUCACUGGGUUCCCGGUUGUGACCCUGACCAGAGACCCCAAGCAGAACACUGCGACUCUUACCCAGGCUCGGUUCUUUUUGCAACAAAGCUCCAGGGACCAGAGUUCAGAGCAAUGGUUCAUCCCCAUCAACUUCAACGCUGCCAUUGACGACUUCAACAGAACCAGCGCCAGUCACUGGCUCAGACCAAAUACUCCUCUUACACUCACUGACAAGGACCUGGCCUCAUCCAGUCUGGAUUCAUGGAUCCCUGAUCCUGCCAAAAAUAACUGGGUGAUUGUGAAUGCUCAAGAAACUGGAUAUUACCGCGUGAAUUAUGAUGCCACAAACUGGGCCAUGAUUCAAGCUCAGUUGGAAGCAGAUCACACAAAGAUUUCAACUGAAAACAGGGCCCAGAUCCUGGAUGAUGCUUUCAACUUGGCCAGAGCUGGGAUCAUCAGCUAUCCAACUGCCCUGGGACUAACAAAAUAUCUUGCCAAAGAACAAGAGUUCAUUCCAUGGAGGGCAACUGCCAAUGCUCUGGCCUAUAUUGACAAAAUGUUGGAACGCAGUGCUGGCUAUGGAUAUUUCAGGGAGUACAUGAAGACAUUGCUGAAUGGGGGACUUGUGGAAUUUGAAAAGUUGGAAGACAUCAAGCCAGAGUACAUUGAUGAUGCAACACAGCUGUACAAGAAUGUUCUCAUUCAAGGGAGAGCAUGCAAAUACAAUGUUGGCAAGUGCAAAAGGGAUGCCAGUGCUCAAUACAAAAAGUGGAUGACCAACUACAAUGAAGCCUUACCUGAUAAUACCAUCAUAAGCCCUAAUGUGAAGUACAUUGUGUACUGCUAUGGUGUGGCCAAUGGAGGAGAGGAGGAAUGGAACCAUGCCUGGAGGCACUACACCAAGACCAAUUUGGCUAGUGAGAAGACCGAAAUGUUGUAUGCCAUGGCUUGUACUGAGGAAGUUUGGCUUCUCAGCAAGUUUUUGGGGAUGACAUUCAACAAGAAUUCGACGGUGAGAUCCCAAGACGUUGCCAGAGUGUUCGGAAGCAUCGCCCGAUCAGUCAUUGGAAGGUCCCUGGCUUUCGAAUAUUUGCUCAACAACUUUGUCUACCUGAAGGAAAAUUUCAGCGUCGGAAUUUCAGCCAUGGGCAGCUUCAUUACCCCAUUUUCUACCUUCAAUACGCCAGCUGAAGCAGCCAGAAUGCGGGCAUUCAAAGAGGAAUACAAAAAUGACCUGGGGUCAGGAGCUCGGGCAGUGGACCAAGCCAUCGAAAGCAUCGAGAUCAAUGCCCAAUGGAUGGCUAAACAUGAGGCCACUUUGACCCAGUGGCUCAAAGAACAAACAGGGCAUGGCUCAACAUGAACAAAUCAACUGGUUGCUGUGGGAACAAAAUGGGAUUGAAUCAAGUUGAAAAAAUAAGAAUAAACCAGCAAUAGGUCGUUGGUUAAUAUUUGAAAAAUGCUUUUUUAUUUUUGAGAGUAGGAGAGAAAUUGCGAGAGGAAUGAGGAAGUUUUUUUUUUCUUGGCCAAAGUCUGCUGAAUUUUUUCAACUCAUGUUGCUGUGCGAUUAUUAACUAUUACAUAAACGCUUCAAAUUAAGCAGUCUUGCACAAAAAUAAUAAUUUCCUGGUUAACGAAAAAAAAAGUUUGGUGGAAAGUACGCCGUAGUGUGGUCUAGUCAAUUUUCUUCUUCCUGAAAAGGAAAAACCAAACCUCAGGUAUUCAGAGAGAGAAAAAAACGAACGCCAUUUUUUAGCGGUUUGAAUAAGGUAACUUCCGAAAUUCUUUGAAAAAUCUGUUUGACCUGUUCAUAAAAUGUCAUGCUUUGUAUUUUCUUUGCUGAGAAAAAGCGCAUGGAAAAGUUUUUUUUACUGGAUCUCCACUGAACAUGAACGGGGUUGAAAUUGUGCCUGAUUUUUUUUUUUAUGAUUGGAGGAUUAAAUAAAUGGACUCUUGUUUGGAAAAAGAGCCUAACUUUUAUCUAACAGAAACUGAGAGUAAUUAAGAAAACUUUAAAAGUGACUGAGAUCAUAUCACACAUCUUA